GGCCACGCCCCCCGGCCCGGCCCGGCCGAAGUGGCACGUUCGCGAUUGUCCAGGAAGGAGUUGGGGAGGGCUCGGGAGUCACUUGAGCUGCGGUCGCUGCUCCCCUGACCGCUGGCUCGUGCACUCGGGCGGCAGAGGCGAAGUCGGGGCGCUGCGGGGGCGGACUCAAAGCAUGCAGAUCGCUGGGCUCGGCGGAGCUCGCCUGGGAGGGGGCGUCGGCAGCUGAGCGCCUGCGGCGGCGGCGGCGGCGGCGGCGGCGCGGCAGCUCCGGCCCUUGCGGUGCGGUGCGCUGGGCUGCGACUCACUGGCGGCUGAUGCGCCCUCUCUGGGCUGGCUGGCUCGUUAGCGCUUGCGUUCGCGCUCGGUGUUGGCAGCGCACUGUGGAGCCUCGCUCGGCGCCCGCGCCAUGGGGCACCCCCCGCUGGAGUUCAGCGACUGCUACCUGGACAGCCCGGAUUUCCGCGAGAGGCUGAAAUGCUACGAGCAGGAGCUGGAGCGGACCAACCGAUUCAUCAAAGACGUGAUCAAAGACGGCAACUCCCUCAUCGGCGCGAUGAGAAGUUAUUCUUCAGCUGUGCAGAAAUUUUCUCAGACCCUGCAGUCCUUCCAGUUUGACUUCACUGGGGACACACUGACAGAUGAUGAGAUUAACAUUGCGGAAUCUUUUAAGGAAUUUGCUGAGCUCCUCAAUGAAGUUGAAAAUGAGAGGAUGAUGAUGGUACAAAAUGCUAGUGAUUUGUUGAUCAAACCACUGGAAAAUUUCCGUAAGGAGCAAAUCGGCCUCACCAAGGAACGGAAGAAAAAAUUUGAGAAGGACAGUGAGCGGUUUUAUUCUUUGCUAGAUCGCCACUUGCAUCUGUCUUCCAAGAAGAAGGAAUCUCAGCUCCAGGAGGCCGACUUACAGUUGGACAGAGAGCGACACAAUUUCUUUGAGUCAUCUCUUGACUACGUAUACCAGAUCCAGGAGGUUCAGGAGACCAAGAAGUUCAAUAUUGUGGAGCCUGUGUUGGCCUUUCUCCACAGCCUCUUCAUUUCCAACAAUCUGACGGUAGAAUUAACACAGGAUUUCCUCCCUUACAAACAGCAGCUCCAGCUCAGUCUGCAAAAUACAAGAAAUCACUUUUCUAGUACCCGAGAGGAGAUGGAAGAACUCAAGAAGAGGAUGAAGGAGGCCCCUCAGAUGUGCAAGCUUCCAGGGCAGCCAACCAUUGAGGGCUAUCUUUACACCCAAGAGAAAUGGGCUCUGGGAAUAUCAUGGGUGAAAUACUACUGUCAAUAUGAGAAGGAAACCAAGACAUUGACGAUGACUCCCAUGGAACAAAAACCAGGAGCUAAGCAGGGACCUGUGGACUUAACCCUAAAGUACUGCGUUAGGAGGAAGACAGAAUCCAUCGACAAGAGAUUCUGCUUUGACAUUGAAACUAAUGAAAGACCAGGGACUAUUACCCUGCAGGCCCUUUCUGAAGCCAACAGGCGGCUCUGGAUGGAGGCGAUGGAUGGAAAAGAGCCAAUCUACCACAGCCCCAUAACGAAACAGGAAGAAAUGGAACUCAAUGAUGUCGGGUUCAAAUUCGUAAGGAAGUGUACCAACGCCGUGGAAGCCAAAGGCAUCACGACAGAAGGCGUUUAUCGGACCGUGGGCAGCAACAUCCAGGUUCAGAAGCUACUGAAUGCCUUUUUUGAUCCCAAAUGCCCAGGAGAUGUCGAUUUGCAGAAUAGUGACUGGGAUAUUAAGACAAUCACCAGUUCCUUGAAAUUCUACCUCAGGAAUCUUUCAGAACCCGUUAUGACAUUUAAGCUCCACAAAGAACUGGUCUCUGCCGCCAAGUCCGAAAACCUGGAUUACAGGCUGGGGGCCAUCCACGCUCUGGUCUAUAAGCUUCCCAAUAAGAAUCGCGAUAUGCUGGAACUCCUCAUAAGACACCUGGUCAAUGUGUGCGAGCACAGCCGAGAGAACCUGAUGUCUCCCUCGAACAUGGGAGUGAUAUUUGGGCCCACCCUGAUGAGGGCUCAGGAGGAUACUGUGGCUGCCAUGAUGAAUAUCAAAUUCCAGAACAUCGUCGUGGAAAUCCUGAUUGAGCACUUCGACAAGAUCUAUUCGGGCCCACCAGAAGAUAAUGCUGCACCCCCGGUGCCUCCUCCCAGGGUGACAGCAAGAAGACACAAGCCCAUCACUAUUUCUAAGCGCCCACUGAGGGAAAGGACCGUUUUCUAUACUUCUUCAGUGGAAGAAAAUGAAGAUGAAACCCUUAAUGGCCCCAUCAUUGACAGUUUGGAAAGUCCCAAACCUCUGCCACACCACAGGUUGCCUGUGCAGAGAAGUGGGGAAACCGAGCCUGGAAGGAGAUCCCCAAGCCGUCCAGGUUCUGAUGGCAAGUUGGAGCCAUGCCCUGAGGUGGACGUGGGCAAGCUGGUGUCCAGGCUGCAGGACGGGGGACCCAAGCCCCUCACCAAAGUGGCCAAUGGUCUGAUGAUGGGCCCUGGGCCGGCUAGGGCUCCUUCUCUUCACGUGAAAAGGCCAGCUCCCAGGCCUGUGGCUCACAACAAGGAGGGUGACUAUGACAGCUUCAGUAAAGUACGCUCCCCAGGAGAAAAACCAGCAAUUACUCGGCCUCCUGUGCGCCCUCCUGAUCCCCCGUGCCGGGCAAUCAUGCCCCAGAAGCCAGAGCCCAAGCCAGAUCCCAUGGCUGGAGGAACCCAGGAAACCAUGCCCUCUGUGGUGGCUUGCCGGACCCGAUUCUUUGAAACAGCUUCUCGGAAGACUGGAAGUUCCUCAUCUCCACAAGGAAGACUCGCUGGGGAUGAGAGCUGAGGUCCAAGUUUCUAGGAAUCCUGGCCGGUCCCAGAUGACUCCAUGCUUCUGAAAGGGCUCCCUCAAAACUCUUGUGUGCUCAGAACCCCUGGGCUGAAAGGCAGCUCCCUGCUGGAACCCUGGCUAUGAAGACUCCAGGAAACUGUAGAAUUAGGGGGACUCCCUGGACAUGUCUCAUUUUCCCCUUUGGGCUCAUAUCCCCUAGGGCAGAGGGGAGAGCCACCUCCUUCCAUUUAGACUCUGAGCCAUCGGAGGCAAAGUCGGGGUGCCCAGGACUGGACUUUUCUCUAGAGCCUGAGCCCCCAGGGAUUCUGCCUUCGAGGGCUGCUGAGCUCUGAUGGAGUUGGAACAGGUGCCCCGACUCUUGGGCCUUUGUCACCCAGAUUCAUUCUUUUUCCCAGGCAUUAUUUAGUUAUAGCCCUAGCAUAAGCAGGGGCAGUUAGUUGCAUGUGUCUGGACAUUUGCCUUGUAGAGGAAACCUUCCGCUGGGUGGUUUCCUCAUUUGUAAGCUGGCAGCCAUGGGUCACCCCAAGCACAACUGAUAGGGGGAGGCCCGACAAGAGUUGCCCUCUCUCUGGAUCCUUUGCCAGCUUUUUCUGCAUGAGUGUUUUGGAAACAGUUGCAAACAAAAAUACCACCAAACCCACCCACCGUUCUGCUGCUGAUGCCUGUAAGCCUCCUUCUGUUUUCCUCUCAACAGCUUCUUUCCAGAAGAAAUGAGAGGAAUAGGAUUUUAAAGCAUGUCUGAAAGAGUUCCUCCAGCCCAUCCAUCCCUCCUCUGGAGGGAUGGGGUUCUUGGGAUGGAUGGUAGGUAGGGGGAGAUACAAGCACAGCUGCAAAAACGGAUUUCCAAUGUCGGAUUCAGGCUACUUCCUCUGGCACCUUACCUCCAUCCUCCCCAGCGACUCGGGGGUCUUCCCGUUCCCCGUAUGACAUGGGCCCCUUUGGCAGCAGAGUGAAGCUUGUGGACCCCCUUUUCAGAGCCACAUGUUUAAAAACAUAGGAUUACAAAGACUGAAAUAUCGUUAUCAAUUUUCAAAGCCCUGCCAGCUUCAACGAUUCUCGGAUCGGAACCCAGAUCCUCUAGGAAGUCUCGCGAGAGACAAAAGAAAGCCUCCCACAACGUGGAGGGUCUUCCCCCCUCCCAGUCUAGCAGGGGGCCUUUGUUGACUUAAAACGUUAGCUUUGCCCUGCACCCAGGGGUCCCAUAGAUUCAGUUUCAGUUUGGUACUUCGGUACUUUUCUUACUAAUUAUUAACCCGUUCCCGGACCUAAUCUUAUUCACACCUAGAUUAGAACGUUCCUGUGUACGUACAUAACUCCACUUGCUCUAACUCAGGCAUAUCCUGCCCUAUGUGUGCAUGGCUUCUGGGCAUUAGCCCUUUUUUCUUAGCUGUUCGUGAAAUCCCUCCGCUAGGGAAGGAUCCCCUGAUCCUUCGUAGGCCCGCCAAAGGCAAUUUAACAUGGCGGCUUAUGGUUCUGGGGAGUAAACGUUUCUCAGUCCCUGCCUCUCCCAGUCCCAUUCCCCAUCACCUCCCCAGGCCCAGCCCAAGAAAGCUGCUUGCGUGACUCUCUGGUACUUUGGCCUACCUUGUUCUCAGGAUAGGAUGAUGCCCAACAGUCCCUGCCCUAAGGUUGUUCAAGGUGGGGCAAUGACCUUUUUUGCCUUUCUUCUAGCCAGCAGAGAUUGGCAGUGGUACUCACUGGGCAGCAUAUUAUAGAUAGCAUAUGGUGGCAUCUCUGAGCUUCAGGGGUGCUCACCCAGUUCCAAGCAACUUUUGUGCUAACAUUACUGGGGCAUUUCUGGUGGUAACCAAGGAAACCUAUUGGGAAGUUAACCAUGUCCAUGGUCCAACCAUUCAAGGUCUUGGGAGGGCAGCUGGAUGGCUCAGUGGAUAGAGCACCAACUCUGGAGUCAGGAUGACUCAAGUUUAAAUCUUGGUUCAGCUCCUUGGCCUUGAACAAGUCACUGAACCUCUGAGGCUUUGGAACCCUCAGUUUCCCCAGCUGUUGGACUCCAAAGUCCCUUUCAAUUUUAGAGUCAAGAUGCUCUGAGUGAAACUGAUGGCACUUGAAGGAAUGAUUUAGACUGCGAGUCACAUCAGACUUGAGGGAGCCAGCCCUCACUCAGUAGGGGGUCUGAGCCUAGUUGAAGCUACUGAGAAAUCCCCAAAGGAAGAUCCAAGUCUAGACUAGUUCAGCCUUUGAGUGGGAAUCCUCUCUACCAUAUUCUCAGAAGCAGUUCAGGACAGCAUCAAGAACACUGGUACUGGGAUUAAAUUGGACCUUGGAUGCUUACUUCUAUGUUACCUUGGGACAAGUCACUUUCCUCCCUGGGCCUUGGUUUUCUCCCCUGUAAAAUGAGAGGGUAGGAUGUGGUGGCCUCUAAUGUUUGGGUCAGCUCUUACAUCCUAUGUGUGACCUAGGGUAAGUCCCUUCCCCUCUCCUCUGGCCUCAAUUUCCUCCUCUAUAAAGUGAAGGAGUUGGCCUAAAUGGUCCUCCAAGCUCCAGUUCUUGGAUCCUAGGAUUAUCCAGGCUUCCCUUGAACCCAUCUACUGAGGGGCAGAAGGGGAGAUGUGGUUUACUAAAUCCAUAGAUAGCCCAUUCCACGUUUGGACAAAGGAACUGAUCCCAGAGUCAGGAAGACUUGGGUUCAGAUCCCACUCUAGCUAGGUCACUUGGUUUCUCAGUGCCCCAGGCAACUCUGUAAGACUCUCCAUUGCAGAGAAGGUGCUAAUGUGUAUAGGCAGAGGGAGUUAGUUCCCUAUGCCAGUGAAAACCCCGGUCCAGUCUCUAGCCCUGGCUGGCUGGCAUCGGGAGGAAGUUUUCCCAGGCAUUCUGCCCACCCCUCCCGGUGCAGCUCUUCGGGGGCUGCCCUUCGAAGACUUGGAAGAAGGAGGUCAUAUUCUAGCUCCAACUCAAUCUUCUUCUCCAGGCUGAACGGCCUCAGUUCCUUCACUAACCUCUCAGUAAAACCACCCCAAGUAUCCCCACUGAGGCUGAGAGAGUGAAUUUGUGAGAGAAUCCGUGAGGUUCGAUCCCUGCCCGCUGAGAUCGCUUAGAGGGUAGUAUGGUGCAGUCAGAGGACCAGCAUUAUUCAGAGUCAGACUUGGCUUUGCUGUAUGGUCCUGGGCAAGUAGUUUCCCUUCUUUACAACUCAGUUUCCCCUUCUAUAAAGUGAGGCAGUUGGCCUAGGUGGCCUCUAAGGGUGGGGCCUUCCAGUUCUCGAUACUAGAAUGGUGACAUACCUCUAGCAUAUCAAGGGUUGCACAGAGCAGUUUUCUGGAAAGAAUUCCUAGGCAAGACCAGUAGUGGACCUGGUAAGGGCCAAAGGGCUCCUGAGAAGGGGGGAGGUGAGGCUCUAAUAAGGAAAAGGAAAGAGGGCCAAAGGUUGAACAGAAGGGGGCCAUACGGGUGCUUCACAUAGUCAACCAAGGGGUGGGGACUAGGUCAGCCAACUGGAGGCUCUCUUCAGCUACAGGUAUGGAGUCCAAGCAUCUCAAUGGCACAAGCAGCAUUCCCAAGGCCAGCCUGCCCAACCGGCUCCUUCUCACACCACCCCUACCCCCAUACUCCUGCCCAGCAGAGUUUGCCGAGGACUAAAGGUGCAGACUCUCCAGCCAAAUCCACAAGAUCUUUGGAAGAUGGGCUCCCCACCACCCCUCUCCCCUACUGCCUUAACUUUAACCCGAUAGAACUCUUGCUUAAGAACCAGCCUAGCUCACUUUUGGAAAUAAAGCAUUUGCUUUUGGACAAGCAAGUAGAAUGUAAGCUCCCUGAGGGCAGGGAUUGUCUCAUUUUUUGUCUUCGUGUCCACAGCACCUAGCACUGUGCCCGACACAGAGGUGCUUAAUAAAUGUUUGUUGAAUAGAA